ACUCGCAUCGCAGAACGAAUUGGGACUCCACAAAUCGCCGCUCGUCAGCGAACCCUCCAAAAAAAAAACCAAAUCGUGUUCUGAAGUCCGCAUCCAUCUGCUGCGCGUCCCUCCCCGGCGGCGGCGGAGGAGGAGGAGGAGGAGGAGGAGGCGGCGAUGGGGCUGGAGAUGGAGGGGAUGGCGGCGUCGAUCGGCGUGUCGGUGCCCGUGCUCCGCUUCCUGCUCUGCUUCGCGGCGACCAUCCCGACGGGCCUCCUGUGGCGGGCGGUGCCGGGCGCCGCGGGGCGGCACCUCUACGCGGGGCUCGCCGGCGCCGCGCUCUCCUACCUCUCGUUCGGGGCCACUUCCAACCUCCUCUUCGUCGUGCCCAUGGCGUUCGGGUACCUCGCCAUGCUGCUCUGCCGCCGGCUCGCCGGGCUCAUCACGUUCCUCGGCGCCUUCGGCUUCCUCAUCGCAUGUCACGUGUACUACAUGAGUGGAGAUGCAUGGAAGGAGGGUGGCAUUGAUGCGACAGGUGCUUUAAUGGUUUUAACGUUGAAAAUCAUUUCGUGCGCAAUAAACUACAGUGACGGUAUGCUGAAGGAAGAGGGUUUGCGUGAUGCCCAGAAAAAGUAUCGUUUAACUAAACUUCCUUCUUUGAUCGAAUAUUUUGGUUACUGCCUCUGCUGUGGCAGCCACUUUGCUGGGCCAGUAUAUGAAAUGAAAGAUUAUCUUGAAUAUACUGAACGGAAAGGAAUAUGGGCCAGCCCAACUCCUUCACCUCUAUUACCUACUUUGCGUGCUCUAGUUCAAGCUGGUGCAUGCAUGGGAUUAUAUUUGUAUCUAUCACCUCAGUUUCCUCUUUCACGGUUUAGCGAGCCCUUAUAUUAUGAAUGGGGCUUUUGGCACCGGCUCUUCUAUCAGUACAUGUCAGGCUUUACUGCUCGUUGGAAAUACUAUUUUAUAUGGUCAAUUUCAGAAGCUUCAAUUAUUAUAUCCGGUUUGGGCUUUACUGGCUGGUCCGAUUCAUCUCCCCCGAAAGCCAAAUGGGAUCGUGCAAAAAAUGUUGAUGUUUUAGGUGUUGAAUUAGCUAAAAGUGCAGUUCAGUUGCCGCUCGUGUGGAACAUUCAAGUGAGCACAUGGCUGCGAUAUUAUGUUUAUGAGAGGCUAGUUCAGAAAGGAAAGAAACCUGGUUUCCUUCAGUUGCUGGGCACUCAGACAGUCAGUGCUGUCUGGCAUGGACUGUAUCCAGGAUAUAUUAUAUUCUUUGUUCAAUCAGCAUUGAUGAUAAAUGGUUCAAAAGUCAUAUACAGAUGGCAACAAGCAGUCAGCAAUCCAGUUUUCCACGCUAUACUAGUUUUUCUAAAUUUUUCAUACACCCUAAUGGUCCUUAACUACUCAUGCAUUGGGUUCCAGGUACUGAGCUUCAAGGAAACUUUAGCAUCCUACCAGAGCGUAUAUUAUGUUGGCACAAUUAUUCCCAUCGUAGUUGUCUUGCUGGGUUAUGUUAUCAAGCCAGCCAAGCCAGUGAAGCCAAAGGCUCGGAAGGCAGAAUGAGCAACAAGGUGACCUAGUCGAAUGGUCAUUACAUAUAGGAGCGGCGAAGAUCUAAUGAUGAUAUUGACGAACUAGUGCUCAGUUAUUCUACUUCUGUGGAAAUUUGCAGGAGGAGAAUGUGGUGACCCACCUCUUAAAAUUAUGAACUGCCUUGUGAUUGACCAACCAUUAAAACGUGGCACUCCCAUUGGAUUUUUCUAUGUUAUGGUUACAUACCACGUUGGAUAUCGGCCUUGCGCCUUUUCCCUUUGGUUGUUAAGUUCUCUGCUGGCUGACUGUAUUCAAAGCGAUGUAUUUUAUCACCUGGUCAUAAGCCAAAUGGAAGUGUGAACGGGCAUCAAUUCUUG